AUGAGGAGCCUGCGGGGCGCUCCCCUCCUGUUUCUGCUGCUCACCGCGGGGGACUCUGCGGUCAUCACUGGGGCUUGUGACAGAGACCUGCAGUGUGGUGGAGGCAUGUGCUGUGCUGUUAGUCUCUGGAUUCGAAGUCUUCGAAUGUGUACACCAAUGGGCAACUUGGGAGAAGACUGUCAUCCUUUGAGUCAUAAAGUACCAUUUUGGGGAAAGAGAAUGCAUCACUCCUGCCCAUGUCUACCUAACUUGACCUGUGUCUGGAUUUCCCCUAGCAAAUACAAAUGUUUACCAGAUUUCAAAAAUGAAGAUAUCUUUUUUUAG